UGUCCAUCCAUUCAUAUCCUUUUCCAUUAUUUCUUUUUUCUCUCUCCUUUUCUUCUCUUCUUCAUGUAGCAGCUACUAACAAAGUUGUCACUUGCCAUUGGACAAGUAUAUUAUAUAUUAUUAUAUAUAUAAAUGUACAAUACUUCACUUUUCCACACAUUACUCAAUUAAAUAAAUAACUUUGGUGACAGUUUCUUAAAUUUUUCAUCACUUUCUGGGCUCCAUUCUUCAAACUUCAUGCAUAGUUUUUUAUUUGGAGGAAACUUUUCCUUUGACUGUUACUUUAUCUGGUUUUUUAUUUGAUUUUCUGGCACCCUUUUGCUUCACAAGGUGUUGAAAAAAAAUGGGAGGAAGUGCUUUGUUCUUUUUGUAGAAUUUAGCAGAGAAAGAUAAAUACUUUUUGAUUUAGUGUUUUAUAAUGCCAGUUCCACUUGCCCCUUAUCCAACUCCACCACCAGCUCCAUAUACACCACCUCCAACAAAUGGUGCACAGAGUCAACUUGUGUGUUCUGGUUGUAGAAACCUUUUAGUUUAUCCAGUUGGAGCUACUUCUGUGUGUUGUGCUGUUUGCAAUGCUGUCACAGCAGUUCCACCUCCUGGCACAGAAAUGGCUCAGUUAGUUUGCGGCGGCUGCCAUACUUUACUCAUGUACAUCCGCGGAGCGACAAGUGUGCAAUGCUCUUGUUGUCACACAGUCAAUCUAGCUUUAGAAGCAAAUCAGGUGGCACAUGUCAACUGUGGUAACUGCAGGAUGCUACUGAUGUACCAAUAUGGAGCAAGAUCCGUGAAAUGUGCAGUUUGCAAUUUUGUUACCUCAGUUGGGGCCUCAGCAAGCACCACUGAGCAGAAGUUCAGCACCUAAUAAUCAUACUAUAGCAAGGUCAUCAUUAUAGACUCUACAACAUUGGUUUUGCUACUUACAUAUCAAUCAUUAAGGAAUAAAGAGUGCAAAUCAGAUUGAAAAAAAUGUCUUCCACGUGUAUAGAGUUAUUUUUCCCUUGCGUGAUUGUAUUAAAAUAUUUUUGUUAGAAUUGGUGUAUGAAUAACUAUUUGUAAUGAGAUUCCUGAAACUGAGUGCUAUGCAAAAUCCACAUCUUUGGAUAAGGUAAAA